AGAGGCAAGAUGGCGGACGCGGUGGGUGAGGAGCUGGAGCCGGGGAGCGGGGACGACAGCCCGGGGUCGGGGCCGGAGUCGGGGCCGGAGUCGGGGCCGGAGUCGGGGAGCCCCGGGGCCGCGGCAGGGAGGUUGCCGGAGCCGCAGAGUUUCAAGGAUUUGGGCGUGACUGAGGUAUUGUGUGAGGCGUGUGAGCAACUGGGAUGGAAAACUCCAACCAACAUUCAGAUGGAAGCCUUGCCUGUGGCCCUGCAAGGGCGGGACAUUAUUGGCCUGGCGGAGACUGGCUCUGGAAAGACGGGCGCCUUUGCCCUGCCCAUCCUGCAGGCCUUGCUGGAGAGACCCCAGCGCCUCUUUGCGCUCGUCCUGACGCCAACCCGGGAGCUGGCAUUCCAGAUCUCCGAGCAGUUUGAGGCGCUGGGUUCCUCGAUCGGGGUGAAGUCGGCGGUGAUUGUGGGUGGAAUCGAUAUGAUGUCGCAGAGUCUUGCUUUGGCAAAGAAACCUCAUGUGGUCAUCGCCACCCCAGGCCGUCUGAUCGAUCACCUGGAGAACACCAAGGGCUUCAAUCUGCGAGCGCUCAAGUUCCUGGUGAUGGACGAGGCCGACAGGAUUCUGAACAUGGACUUUGAAACCGAAGUCGAUAAAAUUCUCAAAGUGAUUCCUCGAGACCGGAACACCUAUCUCUACUCAGCAACGAUGACCAAGAAGGUGCAAAAGCUGCAGCGGGCUGCAUUGAAGAACCCGGUGAAAUGUGCCGUGUCGACCAAGUAUCAGACGGUGGAGAAGCUGCAGCAGCAUUAUGUGUUCGUUCCCUCCAAGUUCAAGGACUGUUACCUGGUCUACAUUCUCAACGAGCUUGCUGGCAACUCCUUCAUCAUCUUCUGCAGCACGUGUAACAACACCCAGCGCACCGCGCUGCUCCUUCGCAACCUGGGCUUUUCCGCCAUUCCCCUACACGGGCAGAUGAACCAGAACAAACGGUUGGGUGCUUUGAACAAGUUCAAGGCCAAGUCUCGGUCGGUCUUGCUGGCGACGGAUGUGGCAAGUCGGGGUCUGGAUAUCCCCCACGUGGAUGUGGUUAUAAACUUCGAUAUCCCCACGCAUUCUAAGGAUUACAUUCAUCGGGUGGGUCGCACGGCCAGAGCGGGCCGCUCGGGGAAGUCCAUCACGUUUGUAACCCAAUAUGACGUGGAGUUGUUCCAGAGGAUCGAGCAUCUGAUCGGGAAGAAGCUCCCGGCGUACCCCACGCCAGACGAGGAGGUGAUGCUGUUGGCGGAGCGCGUGUCGGAAGCACAGAGAUUUGCACGGCUGGAGCUGAGAGAACAAGGGGACAAGAGGAAGCGGAGACACGACGAUGAUGAUGAUACGGAACAGUCGCUGGGCAUCAGGAGAAAGGUGGUAGGAGGCAGAGGGAGGAAAAAGCCACAUUAAGCUUCAGUACCCGUGGACAGUGCCUCGAAAAUAGUGAACUGAUUGGAUAUGAUAUUGAAGAUGGACACAAAAUGCUGGAGUAACUCAGCGGGACAGGCCGCAUCUCUGGAGAGAAGGAAUGGGUGAUGUUUCGGGUCGAGACCCUUCUUCAGACUGAGAGUCACCA